CUUUUUAAGCUCCGAGUUUUCCUCCGACCUCAGCUCGGAGCUGCAGAUCGCCCGCCGCCAUGUCCGACAGGGGAACCUUCGACACCAACGUGGUCACCGUGACCCGCUUCGUCAUGGAGGAGGGGAGGAGGGCCAAGGGCACGGGGGAGCUGACCACGCUGCUCAACUCUCUGUGCACGGCGGUGAAGGCCAUCUCCAGCGCCGUGCGCAAAGCUGGCCUCGCUCACCUAUAUGGGAUUGCGGGCAACACGAACGUGACAGGAGACCAGGUGAAGAAGCUGGACAUCCUGUCCAACGACCUGGUCAUCAACAUGCUCAAGUCGUCCUUCACCUCCUGCGUUCUGGUGUCCGAGGAGAACGAGAGGGCCAUCAUCGUGGAUCCUGAGAAACGGGGUAAAUACAUCGUGUGCUUCGAUCCUCUGGACGGCUCCUCCAACAUCGACUGCCUCGUCUCCAUCGGAACCAUUUUUGCCAUUUACAGGAAGACAACAGACAGUGAGCCAUGUGAGGAGGACGCCCUGCAGCCCGGCAGGAACCUGGUGGCGGCGGGUUACGCCCUCUACGGCAGCGCCACCAUGAUUGUCCUCUCCACGGGUCAGGGAGUCAACUGCUUCAUGCUGGACCCGGCGCUUGGCGAGUUCAUCCUCGUGGAUCGAGACGUGAAGAUCAAGAAACGUGGAAAGAUCUACAGCCUGAACGAAGGCUAUGCCAAGCACUUCGACCCGGCUGUGACCGAGUAUCUGCAGAAGAAGAAGUUCCCCGAGGACGGCAGCGAGCCGUACGGAGCGCGCUACAUCGGCUCCAUGGUGGCGGACGUCCACCGGACGCUGAUGUACGGAGGAAUCUUCUUGUACCCCGGAAACGUGAAGAGCCCCAAAGGAAAGCUGCGCCUCCUGUAUGAAUGCAACCCGAUGGCCUUCAUCAUGGAGCAGGCGGGCGGCAUGGCCUCCACCGGCCUCCAGAACAUCCUGGACAUCCAGCCGGAGAACCUCCACCAGCGCGCUCCCGUGGCCAUGGGUUCUCCUGAGGACGUGCAGGAGUUCAUCGCCAUCUGCCAGAAACACGCCAAGAAGAAGUGAGGGCGGCCCGGCCCGGCUCGAUGGAGAACCCUUCAUCUCUGGACCACUUUUAAUCUGAAGCUGGAAGUUUGUUUCUGUUCAAAGGGUUCUUCAGUGAAAUGUUUUUAUUUCAACAAACUCUAAAUGUGAAACUUCUGUUUCCUAAAGUCACAUUCCUGAAGAAAAAAAACAAAGGUUUUAUAAAAAGUGCCAAAAAUUAAAAUAUACUUGAAUAAACAUGAAGACGCUCAUCAGCGGUUCCUUAAAGUCUGAUUCAUAAAAAUAUGACCUAACAUAACCUCAUGCUUUUAUUGUGAAAUUACUCUGUGGGCUCAUGACUUCCUAAUAAACAGGAAAUACAAA